AUGCGGCGUUUUUACUCAAGCAAGUCUCGUUCUUUUGCUGAAAUUGUCCCUCGAACCACUCGUAAAAUCUUUAAAAAACGACCGGAUAACAGUAAAAGUGUUCAGGAAGCAAAACCACCUGAGGUUCCAAAAAAUCAAUCAACAGAUUAUCGUGAAAAUGACUUCAAAAUUCAGAUGCUUUCACGGAAUUUGCAUCGACAAAUUUUCAAAACAAAUGAUGAAACUCUUUCGAUGUCUGAUAAAAAGCUCUUUGAAAGGUUCUUAUCGGACUUAAAAAGACACGAAUUGAAGUUAGAAACAUCACCGCGAUUCAAAGAUGUUCAAUUACAAUUGCCAGAACUGAAAGGCGCGAACAUCGAAGAACAUUUUUACAAAAUCGGUGAGAUGCAAAGUGAGCCUUACAAACAAUUAGCAUUAAGUUUAGUCAGUAAAUCAGCUCCAGAAAUGCCAAAAAACUGGAUUUUUCAAGCCGGUUGGGUUCAAUAUCAUCCAGAAAAUGGUCCUCAAGCUGUUGAUUUCCCUCCCGACGACGCCUUAGUGUUCGACGUUGAAGUUUGUGUCAAUUGUGGUCCCGCUCCCGUAAUGGCAGUUGCUGUCAGUGAUAAAUGUUGGUACUCGUGGGUAUCAAAUUCGCUCGUUAACUUCACAAAAACCGGUGAAAUUGCUCAAGAAAUCCCCCUUGACGACUACAUUCCGUUGGAAUCGAAGCAAUUAACGCACAAAACUCCCCGAAUGGUCAUCGGACACAACGUUUCGUACGAUCGAGCUCGUGUCAGGGAGCAAUAUUACCUCCAUCAAUCGGGAUUACGGUUUUUGGAUACGAUGUCGUUGCAUGUCGCAGUCAGUGGGGUCACAAGUUACCAACGAGCGAUGCUAAAAUCGAAAAAGGAACCCAGUCUUGAUGAUUUUCUGUGGCGGGAACAGACCUCGUUAAAUAGUUUGCUCGAAGUUUACAAACUUUACUGCCAAAAAGACCUUUCGAAGGAGGCACGAAACAUUUUCAUGGAAGGCAGUUACCCCGAUGUCGUGGAAAAUUUUCAGGAUCUCAUGAAAUAUUGCGCUUCUGAUGUCCUGGCGACACGAGAAGUGCUGACGAAGCUUUUUCCUUUAUUUCUCGAGAGAUUCCCUCAUCCCGUGACUCUCGCUGGCAUGUUGGAGAUUGGAAUGGCUUACUUACCGGUGAACGAGAACUGGAAAAAAUAUGUCGACACAGCAAAUGCGAUUUUUGACAAAAUGAACAUCGAAUCGAAGCAAUUGUUGGCUCGAAAAGCGAUUGACGCCGUGAAAUUAAUGAAAAAUGAGCAAUACAAGAAGGAUUUAUGGCUCUGGGAUGAAGACUGGUCCGUAAGAAAACCCAGAAGCACGAAAAAGAAACAAGAUGAAACCAAAGAAGAGACAAAUAUCGAACCGUACAACGCAAAAUUACUACUUGAAGGUCUCGAAAAAGAAAUUUUAGACGACUUAAAGGAGUUAGACACGACAUUCCAUGCGAAUUUUCCCAAAAUCAAGUCGAAAAAACCUCUUUAUUUGCCGGGAUUUCCUGCGUGGUACCGAAAAUUGUGCUCAAAACCCGACACAGAGACUUUCAUCACCUAUGGCUUUCCCGAUAAAGUCACAAAUAGCAUGCAAAUCACCCCAAAACUGCUGAAUCUCUGCUGGGAAGGAUACCCCUUGCACUACAUCAAGGGAUAUGGUUGGGGAUUUCUCGUGCCUUUUAAAGAUGUGCAUUCGGAAGACUCGGAAACUAAGAAAAUUCCCAUCAAAGAGUUGAUUAAAAAGUGUCCAAUUGUCGAUCCGCGUACUUUUAGAGGUGCCAGACCGGAUGAACUGGGAAAUUUGUGGCAAGAUGUCGAACAAAAGUUGAGUCGGAAGGAUUAUUAUGCAAAAGCGAAGAAAGAUCAGACAGGCGGGCGGUACAAUGGAACAGGAAUUUUUUCGAAUAUCGUUCUGGAAGGAUGUUGUUACUUUUUGAAGCUGCCUCAUAAGGAUGGCGGAAAAAAUAAUGUUGGAAAUCCUUUGUCUAAAGAUUUUAUCACGAAAUUUUCGGAAAAUGUGCUUUCAGGCGAUGGAAUUGUCGCAGAACGUGUCAUGGCGAUCGGCAGAAUGCUUUCCUACUGGCGAAACAAUCGCGAUCGUAUCCAAAAUCAAAAUCUCCAAUACUUACCGAAUGACGUUCUACCAGAAGACCUCAAAAAUCAAAAUCUCGGAGCAAUUAUCCCUCAAAUUGUCGUUUGCGGAACCCUCACUCGUCGCGCCAUGGAAUCCACGUGGCUUACCGCCUCAAAUGCCAAAGAACAACGCAACGGCAGCGAAUUACGCGCAAUGAUCCAAUCCCCGCCUGGCUAUAAAAUCGUCGGCGCUGACGUAGAUUCUCAAGAAUUAUGGAUCGCUUCGGUUUUAGGCGACGCUUAUGCGGCUCAGAGUCACGGUGCGACACCAUUUGGCUGGAUGACACUCAGCGGAACGAAAAGUGAUGCAACGGACAUGCAUUCUGUGACGGCAAAAGCAAUCGGAAUCAACAGAGAUCAAGCGAAAAUUAUAAAUUAUGCGAGAAUUUACGGUGCCGGACAACAAUUCGCGGUUCAGCUACUAAAACAAUUUAAUCCGACAAUUUCUGACAGCGAGGCAAAGACAAAAGCGUUUAAAAUGUUUCAAAUGACGAAGGGAAAGAGGUCUUACAGGGUAUUUCCGCAGUACUGGGACACCGUGGAAAACAAGGCUUAUUACCAAAAAGAGGCAGUUCACAUCGCGGGCAUGUUCGGCAAACACGUUUCCGAAAUGUUUGAACCUCCAAAAUGGGAAGGCGGCACUGAAUCGGCGAUGUUUAACCGUUUAGAAGAAAUCGCGAACGAACCUUCGCCCAAAACCCCCUUUUUGGGGUCCCGUUUGAGUCGAGCGCUGGAACCUGCCAACGGAAUGGAAGAUCGUUUCUUGCCGACGCGCAUCAAUUGGGUCGUCCAAAGUGGCGCCGUGGACUUUUUGCAUUUAAUGCUCGUCUGUAUGCGAUGGCUGAUGCAAGAUAAAAUCAAAUUUUGCCUAAGUUUUCACGAUGAAGUGCGAUAUUUGGUGCGAGAUGAGCACAAAUAUCAAGCUGCAUUGGCGAUGCAUGUCACAAAUUUACUCACGAGAGCCUUUUGUGCCUCAAAAUUGGGUCUGAAGGAUCUUCCACAGUCCGUAGCGUUCUUCAGUUCCGUCGAAAUUGACAAAGUACUGAGGAAAGAAGCGACCGCUGACUGUAAAACGCCUUCAAAUCCCGAUGGAUUGGAAAAAGGAUACGGAAUUCCGGCGGGAGAAACCCUCGAUAUCUAUCAAACACUCGAAAAAGUCGGAAAUGGCGACAUUAGUCAAUGGAAAUGGCAUCAAAAAACGUAAAAUAUCAAAUAAAUAUAAGUUUAUAGUACGAAAAUUCAACUAUCAAUCUCUUUCCGGAGAGCAUCUUCAACACUUUUGACUGUCACACCAUCGGAUUUCAUCACAGAAAC